AUGGAUGAACUUUUAGGCUGGUUCUAUUAUUUUGCUGAUAUAAUCAGGCAUGUAAAUCUAAGCGACAUCAGUAUUAGUUUAAAACCUGCUGUAACGCGUCGCAUUGCCACGGCUCCCCGUGAUGGCAUCGCCCCUGCUGGCGAGGGUCUGCCCUAUGCGGAGUACUCGCUGCCGGUGACCAAAGGGCCAGACGCGGACGUCGACCAGGGACUGAGCCUUUCAUCCUACUAUAAAGGAGGAUUUGAACAGAAAAUGAGUAGGCGAGAAGCUAGUCUUAUUUUGGGUAUAAGCCCAUCUGCUGGCAAGGCCAAGAUUAGAACAGCUCAUAGGAGAAUCAUGAUUUUGAAUCACCCAGGUAAAGGUGGAUCUCCUUACCUAGCAACCAAAAUAAAUGAAGCAAAAAACUUGCUAGAAGCAACCACCAAACACUGA